AUGUAUGAACGUGCUAAACAACUUGGUCUUACUGUUCAACCUGAAUAUAAUGAACCAUUAACAAUAACAUAUCAUAUUGGUGAACAAUAUUCAACAACUGGUACUGGUCAAACAAAACAUGCAGCUAAACAAAUAGCAGCUGAAAGAAUGUUAGAAAUUUUACCAUUACCAACUGAAAAUGAUAUACAAAAACAAAAACAUAAUCGUAAACAUAGUAAUCAACAUAACAAAUUUAUUGAACAAAAAGGUUCAAGUAAUUAUAGUGUAUCAGAAAAAAUCAAUCCAAUAACACGUCUUUAUCAAAUAGCACGAGCACGUAAUAUAAAUAUUGAAUUUAAUGAAUUAGAAUAUUCAAUAAGUGAAAAACUUUUUCAUUUUAAUGUUAAAUUUGGUGAAAAUGAUUUUGGUAAUGGUUAUGGUAAAAAUAAAAAAUUAGCAAAACAAUCAGCAGCUGAAAAUUUACUUUCUAAAUUAAAUCCAGAUAUAUUAGGAUCAAUAAAUAUUUCAACAUCUUCAUUAGUACCUGUACAACCAAUAAAAAGUUUACUUAAACGUGAGGAAAAUUUAAAUAAACAACAACAACAACAACAACAUGAAAAAAAACAUGUUCAUUUUAUUGAAGAUGAAAUAAUUCAACAUGAAAAAAAUACAAACAAUCAUCAAUCAUCAAUAACAAUUAAACAACAAUUAAUAAAUGCUUGUCAAAAAUUAAAUAUUAAUAUUCAAUAUGAUGAUCAAAUCAUUACAAAUGAUAAUAAUCAGUAUGAAACAUUAUUAACUUUAUCAAAAGAUGAUCGUCUUCUUGCACAAUUUCGUGCUAAUGCUCCAUCAUUAAUACGUGCACAAGAAAAUGUAUCAUUAACAGCUUGGAAAAAUUUACAACAAUUAUUUAAUGGUUCUGUUCAAAUACCAAAAGGAACAAUUAAGAAACGUUAUCGUCAAUUACAAACGUCAAUUCCUGUACAACAGAAAUAA